CAAUUUGCAAGAAUCCAAUUUCAUCCAAUUAGAGCUGCCCCAUUUGACUUCGAAGUAUUUUGAAAAGUUCUUACCUUCACUUUGAAUUUGCAAUCAUGAAAUGAAUCCACCAUCAACUUUCUUUCUAACAGGAAGAACAAGCACUGUGCUCCUUCAAUUCAAUCGCAGAGAGUCCUAAAUCUACCCAAAUUCCUUUUGCCAAGCGUGUCCUGAAUCUACUCUAAUACCUACUCCAAUUUCCUAAUCUUCACAUUCUCCCAGUCCAAUCUCCACGCAAUUUGUGCAUUACAUCCGUAUAAGAACUCGUACUCUUUGAAUCCCCAUCUGGGUAUAGGGUAUUGGGUAUCAGAUCAGAUCUCCCAGUUCUGCCGCCGUAGCCGUCUCCUUCUUCCUCUCACCUGCAAAACCCUAAAGUUGUUUUUAACUGAAUUUUCUAGGUUCCCAACCCUUACUUCAGAAAUUCCUAAAGUUUUAGCCCAAUUAAGCUUCAAUGGAAGAAACCCAAAUCCAAACCCUUUUCCAAUCCGUCUCAACGCUCCCCGUAUUCCUGACCAUGUUCAUCCUCAUCUACUUAAUCGGCUACUUCAUCGUGUUCCGCCAUUGGAGCCCCAAGCAGCGCCCCGAGGCCUCGAGCUGCUUCAUCUCCCUGUUUCACGGGACGCCUGCCGUCUUCCUGGCGGCGUACGCCAUCCUCAGCGACGGCCGGCGAGGCUUCGCGUCGCCGAACACGGAGACCCAGAACAGGGUCAUCGACUACAGCGUCGCUUACUUCCUCACGGACCUUCUGCACUACUUCGUCUUCUUCCCCAGCGACGUGCUCUUCAUCGGCCACCACUUGGCCACGCUCUUUGCCUUCCUCACCUGCAAGUACGUCGCCGCCCACGGCGCGUUCGCGAUCUGCGUCCUCCUGGCCAUGGCGGAGGUCACCAGCUUCUGCCAGAACAUGUGGACUCUGGCGGGUGUUCGCAAAGGCGACGACUUGCUGGCGAAGAAAGUGUAUGAUUUCUUGUCACCUCCCUUUUAUACUUUCUAUUCCAUUGUUAGAGGGUUUGCUGCACCAUUUUUUGCGUACAAGAUGGGAGCGUCUUACAUUAGCGGGAUUGUGGAUGGGGUGAUUCCGAAAUGGGUUUGGAUUUCUUGGAUGUUUUUGGUGGUGACGUUCAUUCCUGUUAGCCUGCUAUGGGUUUCAAACCUUUGGGUGCUGUUGUACAAAGAGAGAAAACUUGAAAAAUUUAAAACAAGUUAGGGUGGAAGAAGAUGCAUGUGCUCUGCUAUUGUUUUAUUGCAUCUGUUUAUUGUAAUUUUAUUGGGAAAAAAUUGAUGAAUUCUUCAAUCCCAUUUCUUCCUGGUUGGCUUUCA